AUGAGUUUCCUCAGACAGGUCAGGCUUCUGCUAUGGAAAAACUGGAUACUGAGAAAAAGGCAGAAGCUUCGUCUUCUGGUUGAACUUGUGUGGCCUAUGUCCUUGUUUCUUAUCCUUGUCUGGCUGAGGAGCGCCAACCCACUCUACCGCCAACAUGAAUGUCACUUCCCAAACAAGGCGAUGCCCUCUGCAGGAACUCUGCCGUGGCUACAGGGCAUCUUCUGUAACAUGAACAAUCCUUGCUUCAAAAGCCCGACCCGUGGAGAGUCUCCAGGUGUCGUAUCAAACUACAAUAAUUCUAUUUUAGCAAGAGUGUACAAAGAUGCUCAAGAACUAUUGCUGAAUGCACACGCAACAGAACUGGGCCGACUCUGGGAAGAACUACGCUCCAUGACCCAGUUUAUGGAAACCUUGAGGACAAAUCCUGAAAGGAUUGCAGGAAGAGGCAUACGAAUCCAGGACAUCCUGAAAAAUGGGGAGAACCUAACUAAGUUUCUGCGUGAAGGUGUGCGUCUUCCUGACAUGGUGGUUCACCACCUGAUGAAUGCUCAAGUGAGACCUGAACAGUUUGCCUUUGGCGUCCCAGAGUUGACUCUGAAAGAUAUUGCCUGCAGCCGGGCCCUGCUGAAUCGCUUCAUUAUCUUCAGCAGUCCAGGGGGCUUCCAAGCUGUGCACCAGGCAAUGUGUGCCCUUUCCCAGGAGGACCUGCAGAAGGUCGAAGACUCUUUGUACGCCAACACAGACUUCUUCAAACUUUUCCAUUUGCUUCCCACCGUAUUAGAUGGCAAUGCUCAAGGUGCUGAUCUACAAAUGUGGGGACGAGUGCUUUCUAAUGUGUCCCAAGCCGUGCAAGAGCUGGCACGUAGGCCAAGUGUUCAGGACCUUUUAUCGAUCCUGCAGCCGCUUCUGCGAGAUGGGGAGCCUGUGUCCUUAUGGCAGCUGAUGAGUUCUUUAUCUGAUCUUCUCUGUGGCUACCCAGAGGGAGGUGGUUCCAGAAUAAUCUCUCUCAACUGGUACGAAGACAAUAAUUACAAGGCCUUCCUUGGGGUUGACUCCACAAAGAAGGAAUCCAUUUAUGUUUAUGACAACACAACCACUCCCUUUUGUAACACAUUGAUCCAUACUAUGGAAUCAAAUCCUUUAACCAAAAUAGCCUGGAGGGCUAUGAAACCAUUAUUGAUGGGGAAAAUCCUCUUUGCUCCAGAUUCACCUGCCGUUCGCAAGAUACUGAAGAAUGCAAAUUCCACAUUUGAGGAACUUGUGCGCCUCAGACUCUUGGCUAAAGCCUGGAAGGAAGUGGGACCCCAAGUGUGGAGCUUCUUUCAAGACAGUGUGCAGAUGAACAUGAUCCGGGACACGUUGCAAAACCCUACGGUAAAAGGCUUCUUAAAUGAGCAGCUAGGUUCUGAAGGUUUCACUGCAGAAGAUGUGAUCAAUUUUCUCUACAAUGGGCCACCAGAGAGAAGAAGGGAAGGCAUGGUGAACUUUGAUUGGAGGAAUGUCUUCAGUGUUGCCAACCAGGCUCUGCAUAUGGUCCACGAGUACCUGCAGUGCUUGGCUCUUGAUAAAUUUGAAGGCCACAUUGAUGAAACCCACGUGACUCACCAUGCUCUUGCUCUUCUGGAGGAGAAUAAAUUCUGGGCUGCUCUCAUCUUUCCUGAUCUGGACCCAAAAACCAGACUGCUGCCGCCUCAUGUCAAAUUCAAGAUUCGCAUGGAUAUAGAUUCAGUGGAGAAAACAAACAAAAUCAAAGACAGGUACUGGGAUCCUGGCCCAAGAGCUGACCCAGUGGAUGAUCUGCGUUACAUCUGGGGAGGGUUUGCAUAUCUGCAAGACAUGGUUGAGCAUGGAAUCAUCAAGACGCAGACUGGAAUUGAAGUGCCUUCAGGGAUCUACCUGCAACAAAUGCCCUAUCCAUGCUUUGUAGAUGAUGUCUUCAUGGUUACUCUGAAUCGUGCCUUCCCCAUCUUCAUGGUGCUUGCUUGGAUCUACUCUGUCUCCAUGACAGUAAAGAGUAUUGUGCUGGAAAAAGAAAUGAGGCUGAAAGAGGCCAUGAAGAACCGGGGGGUCACUAACGGGGCUGUCUGGUUCACCUGGUUCCUAGACAGCUUCAUCAUGAUGGCUUUGAGCACGUUUCUCCUGACGACUCUCAUUACGUAUGGGAGAGUGCUUCAUUACAGCAACCCCUACCUCCUCUUCCUGUUCCUGUUGACCUUCACCACGGCCAGCAUCAUGCAGUGCUUCUUGCUUAGCACCUUUUUCUCCAAGGCUAAUCUGGCAGCUGCCUGCAGUGGAGUCAUCUACUUUACCCUAUAUUUGCCUCACAUCGUUUGCUUUGCCUGGCAGGACUGGCUGACUGUUAAGAUAAAGAUUAUGGCGAGUUUCCUUUCACCUGUGGCAUUUGGGUUUGGUACAGAAUACUUGUCACGCUAUGAAGAGCAAGGCCUUGGGCUCCAGUGGGAUAAUAUUCGAACCAGCCCACUAGAAGGCGAUCAAUACAGUUUCUUGUUCUCUAUGGAGAUGAUGAUUUUGGAUGGUUUUAUCUAUGGAUUGCUUGCUUGGUACUUGGAUAAUGUCUUCCCAGGAGACUAUGGGAUACCACGGCCUUGGUAUUUCCCUUUCCAGCAGUCUUACUGGCUAGGGUCAGGGCACCCAAAGGCUGAGAAAACAACAACUGUGGAUGACAAAGGUUCAGAGAAGGAAGGCAGCGCCAACAUGAAGGCCGAAGAAGAAGAGAUGAGAAAGACCAUGGCUGAUGAACCCGACAGGGGGAAAAACCAGGCAGACAGCCCGUUGAAGAAGGAUGGUAAAGAAAACAAAUGUAAACACAAAAGGAAACCAGAGUACAUCGAGCAGGGGAAGCCUGAGGCAGAGGCAAAAGGCAAAGAUGAAAUGACUACAAAUUUGCACUUUGAAGAGGAGCCUUCUGAUCUGGUCCCAGGCGUGUGUAUUCAGAACCUGGUGAAGAUCUUCCCCGGUUGCUCUAAGCCAGCUGUUGACGGAAUGACUAUUACGUUCUAUGAGGGUCAAAUCACUGCUUUUCUUGGCCACAACGGAGCUGGGAAGACAACCACUAUGUCUAUCCUCACAGGCCUGUUUCCACCUACAUCUGGAACAAUACUGGUUGGUGGGAAAGACAUCCAGACACACUUGGACUCCAUACAGCAGAGUCUAGGCAUGUGCCCUCAGUACAACAUCUUGUUCAAUCACCUUACAGUUGCAGAACACAUCCUGUUUUAUGCCCAGCUAAAAGGGAGAACCAGAGAGGAGGCAGAACUGGAAAUGGAAAUGAUGCUGGAAGACAUAGGCCUUCCACAUAAAAGGAAUGAAGAGGCUCAAAACUUAUCAGGUGGCAUGCAGCGAAAGCUGUCCGUCGCCAUUGCAUUUGUAGGCGAAGCAAAAGUGGUUGUCCUAGAUGAACCCACUUCAGGAGUUGAUCCGUAUUCCAGACGAUCCAUUUGGGACCUCCUGCUGAAGUAUCGUUCAGGGAGAACCAUCAUUCUGUCUACUCACCACAUGGAUGAGGCAGACAUCCUUGGCGACCGGGUUGCUAUCAUUUCCCAGGGAAGGCUACACUGCUCAGGAUCCCCUGUUUUCCUAAAGAAUUCCUUUGGUACAGGCUUCUAUCUCACCUUAGUCCGUAAGAUGAAAAACAUCCAAGACACUGGAGGAAAGGAGGCUACCUCUUGCAGCCUGGGAUCCAAAUGCUCAUGUUCCUGCUCCAGCUGUGUGCCCACAAACAAAGCCGAAACUGUGGAACAGGAACUGGAUGGUGAGAACAGGGUUUGGCUGACUUGUUCGUUGCACAACAUUAUGAUAAUGUUUAUUGGAUUACUUAUACCUUCAUGGGCCAUAACUAUGUUAACUAAAUGGAGCAUCCAUGUUCAGAGGCAGCUGGGACAAACAAACCAGGAAGGGCAUUCAUCCCUUGCUUGUGCCCCCCUUAAGAGGACAGCCCUUCCUAACUGGCUUGUUGAAAUUCAAACAACCGUUGAUCCAGUAUGGUGUGACGUGAAUGAACUAAAUGAACUGAUCCACCACCAUGUUCCGGAAGCCAAGUUAAUAGAAAGUAUUGGUCAGGAACUUAUCUAUCUUCUACCCAGUAAGAAUUUCAAACAGCGAGCGUAUGCAAGUCUCUUCAGGGAAUUGGAGGAAACCCUGGCGGAUGUGGGACUCAGCAGUUUUGGGAUCUCCGACACGCCCCUUGAAGAGGUUUUCUUGAAGGUUACAGCAGAGGCUGAUCCUGGAAUACAGAAUACAGGAGCUGCACAGGAGAACGGUGCUGCUGGACAAGAAGAGGGAGCCCACCAGACUGCUCCAGCGGCCAAUGGCGCUUCUCGGAUGCCUGUGGCACAGGAAGGGGAUGGGAGCGGCGGGAAAGGAUUGAGGCAGAACAAAGGUUGCCAACUUGCCUUUCAGCAGAUCAAAGCACUUUUCAUCAAACGAUUCCACCACAGUACACGUAGCUUAAAAGACUUCCUUGCUCAGAAAAUUGGCAUUCCCAACAACAAUCCCCCAGACAAGAUGAGUGGAAAAAGGAGUUAUUCUGUGGAUUACAAGAAAAGAAUUGUAGAGGACUCCAAGGGCAAGAAUCUUGCAGCUUUCUGCCUGGAGAAGAAAAUAGAUAUGCGACUGGUCCAAAAAUGGCGGGCAGAUUAUGAUAAACUCAGUCUACAGGUGCUCAUGGGAAAUUCUAAGAAGCGCAAGUGUGGUUCUGGACGGCAACCUUUACUUCCUGAGCUGGAAGACAUGAUCAUUCCAUAUUGCCUGCAGAUUGUUCUACCUGCUAGCUUUGUGCUGCUGGCUCUGAUACUUACAGUAAUCAUUCCUCCAUUUGGUGAAUACCCCAGUUUAACUCUCCACCCUUGGAUCUAUGGGCACCAGUUCACUUUCUUCAGCAAUGAGCAGCCUGGCAGCGAGCAGAUGGUUCCUCUUAUUGACGCCUUCUUAAAUAAACCGGGAUUUGGAAAUCGCUGCUUAAAGAGAGAGACCCUUCAGAACUACCCUUGCGUUAAUACAUCAACUGCCUGGAGGACACCAGCGGUCCCUUAUAACAUAGAUGCCCUUUUCCAAACUAAUAUGUGGCAUCCCCAGAACCCCUCACCAUCCUGCAAAUGCAGUACUCGGAAGAAACUCACCAUGCUACCUGAGUGCCCUUUGGGAGCUGGAGGACUUCCUCCCCCACAGAGAGUUCAGCGUAGCACAGAAAUUCUUCAGGAUCUCACUCAUCGAAAUAUUUCCGAUUUCCUGGUGAAAACCUAUCCGACCCUCAUAAGAAGCAGUUUGAUGAGCAAAUACUGGGUCAAUGAGAAAAGGUAUGGUGGAAUCUCCAUUGGAGGAAAACUUCCAGUACUGCAUGUCACUGGAGAGCAGAUUGUUGAUUUUCUGAGAGAUCUUGGUCAGAUGAUGAACAUAACAGGGGGUGAAGCAACAACGACUGCCUCGAAAGAAAUGGCAAAUUUUCUUAAGUACAUGGAAACUGAAUAUAAUAUUAAGGUGUGGUUUAACAACAAAGGCUGGCAUGCCAUGGUCAGUUUUCUCAACAUAGCCAACAAUGCAAUCCUGAGAGCCAACCUGCAGACUGGCAAAGAUCCCGAGGAGUACGGCAUAACUGCUAUCAAUCAUCCACUGAACCUCACGAAGGAGCAGCUCUCUGAAGUCACUGUGCUGACCACUUCGGUAGAUGCUGUUGUUGCCAUCUGUGUGAUCUUUGCCAUGUCUUUCAUCCCAGCAAGCUUUGUCUUAUACCUUAUCCAAGAACGGAUGACAAAAGCCAAGCACCUCCAGUUCAUCAGUGGUGUGAGGCCUUCUGUUUACUGGUUUACCAAUUUCCUUUGGGACAUUGUGAAUUAUGCAGUGAGUGCUGGCUUGGUAGUGGGAAUAUUCAUUGGUUUCAAAAAGAAAGCAUACACAUCCCCAAGCAACCUUCCUGCACUUAUCACAUUGCUGCUUCUAUAUGGAUGGGCCAUAAUUCCGAUGAUGUACCCAUUGUCCUGCUUCUUCAGCAUCCCAAGCACUGCCUACGUUGCCUUGUCUUGCAUUAACCUCUUCAUUGGUAUCAACAGUAGUGCCAUUACAUUUGUCCUGGAGCUCUUUGAGAACAACCCAGUUCUGCUGCAGUUCAAUAAAACACUGAAAAAUAUCUUGUUAGUCUUUCCUCAUUUCUGCCUGGGUCGUGGACUCAUUGACUUAGCCAUGAACCAAGCUGUGACUGAUGUGUAUGCUCGGUUUGGGGAAGAACGUGUCUUGAACCCAUUUCACUGGGAUUAUGCUGGAAAAAACAUGGUUGCCAUGGCGGUACAGGGCGUCGUCUAUUUUGUUCUGAAUCUUCUGUCGCAACAUAGUUUCUUCUCUUCAGUAUGGUUUGCCCAAAACACGAUGAUGCCCAUUAUGGAUGAAGAUGAGGAUGUUGCAGAGGAAAGGCAACGAAUCAUGAAUGGAGGCGGCAAAAUGGAUAUUUUGAAAUUGCAAGAACUGACCAAGAUUUAUGCAGGUAGACACACACCAGCAGUGGACAGACUCUGUGUUGGCAUUCGUCCUGGAGAGUGCUUCGGUCUCUUGGGUGUGAAUGGAGCUGGCAAGACAACAACAUUCAAAAUGCUGACUGGAGACACUCAAGUAACAUCUGGAGAUGCUGUAGUUGCCGGUCACAGCAUAUUGACUCACAUAUUUGAUGUUCAUCAAAACAUGGGCUACUGCCCACAGUUCGAUGCGAUUGAUGACCUGCUCACAGGGAGAGAGCACUUGCGUCUUUAUGCCAACCUGCGUGGUGUCCCAGCAGCAGAAGUUGAGAGGGUUGCAGAGUGGGGAAUUCAGAAGCUUGGUCUCCUGGUGUAUGCAGAUCAGUUGGCAGGCACAUACAGCGGUGGGAACAAGCGCAAGCUCUCCACUGCCAUUGCGCUGAUAGGCUGCCCUCCUUUAGUCCUACUGGAUGAACCAACUACAGGAAUGGACCCUCAGUCCCGACGCUUCUUAUGGAACUCAAUUGUCAGUGUGAUCAGAGACGGAAGAGCUGUGGUCCUUACAUCACACAGCAUGGAAGAAUGUGAGGCGCUCUGCACACGUCUAGCCAUCAUGGUUAAGGGAACCUUCAAAUGCCUAGGCACCAUCCAACAUCUCAAGUACAAAUACGGAGAUGGCUACAUUAUCAGCAUGAAAAUAAAGCCCUCUAAACCCGGAUUGCCUCCAGACCUGAGCCUAGCUGAACACUUCAUAGAAGUGAACUUCCCUGGCAGCAUACAGAGGGAAAAGCACCAUAACAUGCUCCAGUACCAAAUAUGCACCUACUCGCUGGCCAAGAUCUUCCGGCUGAUUCUCUCCAACAAGGACAACCUGAAUAUUGAAGAAUACUCUGUCACACAAACCACCUUGGAUCAGGUUUUUGUGAACUUUGCUAAACAACAGAUGGAGGAUGAGGAAAUUCAUCUCCACCCUCGUGCAGCGGGAGCUAGUAGAGAGGUGAAGGUGACCCCUGCUUUCUAUCGGAAGACAACUGCAUAGAGAAGUUCUGCAACAGGUGAAGCAAACUCCCCAAGAGCUGGGGCCCAGGCCAGAGCAGAGCGCUACAAAUCCUGACUAAGCUUCUCACCAGCACAGGUUUUAGCAUAGCUGCCAAGUUUUCCCUUUUCUCAUGAGGAAGCCUAUUCAGCAUAAGGGAAUUUCCCUUAAAAAAGGGAUAACUUGGCAGCUAUGGGUUUUAGUCCCCUUUCAGUAGUUCCCCUGUACCUUGGAACUUGCCCGCAAAGGAUCCAUCUUCAUUAAGCUUUUACAGAACAAAAAAAACCACCUUUGCUUUUCAGUCUUUUUUUACUAAAAGUGUUGUGUGCUGGGCUUUUAAAACAGUUUUUAGUAUUAUAAAUGGGUUGUUUUGAAUGUAUUUUAAGCAUUUUUUAAAUAUUGCGUUAACAUUGACAGCUGCCUGUGGAGGGCUCUGCCCUGUGAAGCUGCAUGUGCAUUUCUUAAUAUUAUAUUCUGCUUUGCUAUAUAUAUAAAAAAUAAUAAUUAGGAACUGUAGCUGGCACAGUGAUGGGAUCAAAUGAGUAGAUACAAAGUUUAGUCAAAAUCACUUGUGUGUUCGUAAUUUUUUUUUAAGCCCAAGGAUGCAUGUGCUUUGCUUCCUAGUUUCAUCCUGAAUCAAAAACAGAAGCAAGCACACAUGUUUAUUUAAAGUCUUUAUUGUUCUGUGGCAUUAAUGCUCUGGGUCAAAUCUAGACUUGACAGCAGUCAAGCACAAGAUGGGCUGUCACUGCCAGCAACAGAAUCACAAAAUUUUACAGAUAAGCAGGAAAUAUUUGGUCUCUCACGGCCUUCCUUACAUUAGUGGCUCACUUUUACUAGAUUAGUUUUAAAUUGGAAUAUUCUCCUCAGUUGUUGACAGUUCAUUUUCAACUCUUGAUACUACUUAAUUCCCACUUAAAACCUAAUUAAGAGGUACAAUGGGGGAGUUCACAGUUGUGCCAUUUUUCCCACCAUGAAAAUCUUAACAGGUGGAGAUUUGGAUUUAGCCCAAUCAUAGCUUGUAGUUGUCUGCAGCUCUUAGUGAAGUCAACAGGAAACCGUCCAGUAGAGAUUCCCCCAAGGUGCUAUUGAUGUUGCAUCUUUUUUUUAAAAGGAUUUAUGUCGCAUUAGCUGAGGUUCGAUUCAAACUGCUCUAAUCUCAAGAUCAAUAACCUUUUAGUAUUGUUUUCAAUGUUUCAGUGCUAUAACCACUGUGGGGCUCUGUUGAAGGUAAAACCUUUCAAAAUAAAUAUCUUUGUUUAAUUCAGUUAUGGUAUUGGAGAGUAGCUGCCAGGAAGUGGCUCCUUGUGUGGGUUUUGGGUGGUGGUGCUCUUUCAACCGCACAGGCAGCACUCUUUUUUGAGUGACUAAAAACCUAACCAUACACCCCCCCCCAAUGAGAAGUAACUUACAUAAAUUGGCCUGGCGAUGUUAGAUUUUCAACAUCACAAUGUACAGUGGUACCUCGCUAGACGAAAUUAAUUCGUUCCAGGACUCAAUUCGUCCUACGAAAAUUUCGUCUAGCGAGGCACCAUUUCCCAUAGGAAUGCAUUAAAAGUCAAUUAAUGCGUCCCUAUGGGCUC